UCAGAGCGGCACGAGUGGCGCUAAACAGUAAGAUGAGUGAUGUGAUCCCCGGCCGAUCGGUUAUUCCCCGGAGAGAUCGGCGGAGAUCACACUGUACAGGUUGGAGAGCCAAGUAAAGACUGAGACAAUCCAACAGUACUUUGAGGGUACAAAGGAUGAUGGGUGAUUUAGCCUGUGAAAACGAUCUGGAGGAACUGAUGAAGCAGAUUGACAUUAUGGUGAACAGUAAGAAGAUUGAAUGGGAGAAACAAGUGCAUAUCAUGGAGCAGAAGCUGGAGGUGGGGGAUCAGGAGCUAAUCCGAGCCAGAGGGGUGCUGGAUCAGAAGGACUGCGAGAUCAGAAUUCUCUCCAAGAAGCUGGAACUAGCCGAUCGUUCUCGAGAAGAAACGGUUGAGAACUAUGAGAAGCAACUUGAAACCUUGAAAUCUCAGCUGUGUAAGCUGAAGAAAAGUUAUGAAAAACUGCAGUUUUAUUGUGUGAGGAGUCAGAAGAAUGAGCCCAUUGCAGGCACUCCAGGCCAGGAGAAAAGCCAGUCUGAGCUGAUGUGUUUGUCCCAGAAGGUAGAGGAAUAUAAAGUUCAGGCUAAACAAUGGCAGAAGCAGAGGUUGCUUUAUCAGAAUGAUUUCAAUACGUUGAAUGAGAAGAGGAAGGCUCUACAAGAAAAAUGUGACUUUUUCCAGAAACAGUCGCAGAGCUAUCAGGAGCAGCUCUCGAGCAGGACGCAGCUGCAGGAUGAGCUCAUUACCAAUAACCAAAGUGAAAUCCGAAGAUUGAGGUGCCAGCUUGAUGCCUCGCAGGAGAAGAUCAGAAGUGACGAGGUCAUCAUUGAAAACCUCAAGUCUGCUGUAAAAGAAAUCACAUUAAGCAGGAACUUGCUGAAAGAGGAAAAUCGGCAGCUCUUGCAGGAACUGAGGAAUUGUCAAAUGCGCUGCCAGAAAAUCGAAAUUGAACUCUCUGAAGCUAAAACUGAACUUCAGGCACAUGACAACCUCUGGAGAGCAGCGGAGCGAGAUCAAAGCCCGUUACGCCUAGAUGUGGCUCGAUAUCAGAACUCGCAGGGGAAUACGUUCAGAUACAAGGAGUCGAAGCACAAAGAACAGAUUUGGAAGGGGGGGAAGAUGUCUGCUUGCAACCAAGAUGAGGCUGAGAAAGAUCUCCAGAAUAAAAAGGAAGAAGGUGCCGGCCUGGAGACUCUGAAGGCAGACCUCUAUGGCCUGACUGCAAAGUUAAACCAACAAGAUGUCACUAUGGCAACCCUGAGGGAGAAAGUCUGUGAACUGGAGCGAGGACUACACGUGAGCGAGCAGGAGAAUGAGAACACACAGGCACUACAUUGUCCAGAAGAAUCCACAUACAAAGCCGGAUACAGUCUGUCCUUACCAGAAGAGGAGGAGGAGCCAGUGAAGUGCAGUAAUGGAGGGGACACAAUACUGGAUGAGCAGCCAGAGAGGAUGAAAGAUGCUCCAUGGCAGAGCGAUACCUGCAGUACACAGAGCCAAGAGAACCAGAAAAGAUUAUGUAAUGAAGAAAAUCACCUUGGGAUGCUAAAACGGCUAAAUAACACUACAAGUAAUAAUUUAACACUGCGGGGUGCCUGCCAGCUUACUCCGUUUGACAGUGGCUGGGGAACGCCAUCCCAGAGCCUACUAAUGGAUCAGAGCUGCCUGGAAGCCAUUCUGCCUCUUCUACAUAGUGAGACAUCUCUACACAGUGGCCACCAGUUCUCAGAGAUGGAUCAGUCUCUGAUUUGUAUUUAUGAUCAGCUAGAUGGAACUUCUUCAUCUUGUGACAGAGAAGAAUCCUUCCUGGCGGCAGCAGAAAGAUUCCUGCUGGAGGAGAACAGAAGAGCUCAGGACUUUGAGAGGAUUCUGAAUUCUCACAUUGAGGAACUGCAGAGACAGUCGGAGGACACUGUGACCAAAUACACAUCACACGGAUACAGCACAUGUAUUGCAGCUUCCUGAGCAAAGCAAGAAAAGAAUACUUGUUUGUGACUUUAUAUUAAAAAACCAUUGUAGAUCCAUGAGUACAUGCCUACAUACCUAAGCUUUGUUUAAUGCAUACAUCCAAGCCGGUUUAUAUAUAGAGUUUAGACACUGUGAUUCUCCAAACUGUGGUCUGCACUCAACGUUUUAUGAAAAUAUUUGAAAAAUUAAUUUUUAUAAUGUAAAGUUUCUAGAUAAUGUUACAAAGCUAUCAAUGUUCAAAGUGAAAUAACUGUAUGUGUGUGU